GCACUGCAUUCUGGGUAAACUGUCUCAAAAAUUUGAAGAGCGCAUGCGUGGGCGAGCUCCUUCCUUUUACCUCGUUGCACUUCUGAGAGCAGGAUGGGUCACCAGCAGCUGUACUGGAGCCACCCGCGAAAAUUCGGCCAGGGUUCUCGCUCUUGUCGCGUGUGUUCAAACCGGCACGGUCUGAUCCGGAAAUAUGGCCUCAAUAUGUGCCGCCAGUGUUUCCGUCAGUACGCGAAGGAUAUCGGUUUCAUUAAGAAAGACCUGAGCUCUUUUCUUUGGCACUAGCCUAUGGAGGUGACACCCAUCUCCUCCAUCAUGGCCAUCCUCAGACCCCUUGCGAAGCCCAAGAUCAUCAAAAAGAGCACCAAGAAGUUCAGUGGGCACCAGUCAGACUGAUAUGUCAAAAUUAAGUGUAAACGGUGGAAACACAGAGGUAUUGGCAACAUGGUUCAUAGAAGGUUCAAGGGCCAGCUCUAUGCCCAACAUUGAUUAUGGGAGAAACAAACAAACAAAAAAAAGACAAAGCACAUACUGACCAGUGGCUUCUGGAAGUUCCUGGUCCACAAUGUUAAGGAACUGGAAGUACUGCUGAUGUGCAACAAAUCUUACUGUGUUGAGAUCACUCAUGAUGUUUCCUCCAAGAACUGCAAAGCCAUCUUAGAAAGAGCACCCCAGGUGGUCAUCAGAGUCACCAAUGCCAGUGCCAGCCUACACAGUGCAGAAAGUGAAUAGACAGCAAAUGUGUUUGUUUUAUUGGGAUUUAAAUAAAACCAAUAAAACUGUAAAAACAAAAACAACAAAAACCAGAGACCCUGGCUUUUGGACAGUUGUUUGUGUGGCUAAUCCCCCAACAGUUUUAUUUUUUAAAAUUUUAUUAUGUAUUGUUUUUGAGAUGAAGUCUUGCUCUGACUGGAAUGCAGUGGAUGCAAGCUCAGCUCACUGCAACCUCCACCUCCCAGGUUCAAGCGAUUCUCCUGCCCCAGCCUCCCAAGUGGCUGGGAUUACAGGUGCCCACCACCACACCUGGCUAAUUUUUAUAUUUUUGUAGAGAUGGAGUUUUACCAUGUUGGCCAGGCUGGUCUCGAACUCUUGACCUCAAGGGAUCCUCCCACCUCAGCUUCCCAAAGUGCUGGGAUCACAGGUGUGUAUUAGUUCAUUUUCACACUGCUGAUAAAGACAUACCCAAGACUGGGAAGAAAAAUAGGUUUAUUGGACUCACAGUUCCAAGUGGCUGGGGAUGCCUCACAAUUAUGGUGGAAGGUGAAAGGCACUUCUUAGAUGGCAGCGGCAAGCGAGAAAUGAAGAAGACAUGAAAGCAGAAAUCCCUUAUAAAACCAUCAAUUCUCGUGAUACUUAUUCACUACCACGAGAAAGUAUGGGGGAAACGGUCCCAUGAUUCAGUUAUCUCCCACUGGGUCCCUCUCACAACAUGUGGGGAUUAUGGAAGUAC